CCACGCCCUUCCAGUCACUAACAUGGCCGUCACCAGAGAGAGAGUCCAAGGAUUUUGAGACGUAUAUUAUUUGAUUCUGCUUAAACUCUUUUGAUGAUUGACGAUGCCACUUGGUGGUCGUUGAUGUUGCAGCUCUAUAACAUCCCUUUGAAUGUAAGAAGAGAGAAGCCACACCCACUCAUUGAUUCCAGUUCCCUGGGCACGACUACAGCCCUGACAUCCGUCCCUCAGACUGGCAGUCCCCGCUGGUCCAGCAUCUUGGAGCUGGGGGCCACAGUUGCCUUCCUCUGCCAGCCGGACUGGGAUCGGGACAAGUGUGGACCGUAACUACCAGCUCUGGGCAUCUCGACAGAGUAUGGUGAGAGACGGCGGCUGCCAUGGAGCUACAGGAUAAGAAACAGGAGGAGGAGGCGACUCCACUGGGACUGUCCACGGCUCAGGCUCUGUGCACCCUGCGGGACCAGCUGUCCAACUUACUGGGACAACACCAGAAAUCCAGCCGGCGUAGAUCCACCGUACAGGAGCUGUGGGCUAAGAGCUUCCUUCAUCAUGACAGCCGGCAUUCGUGCUUCCAUUGGCCAGGAGCUGUUCUCACUCUGGUUGUGGUGGUUGGACUGUUGUGUUGUUAUGGCAGUCAGCCGGCAGGCAGUCAGGGCAUAGUGUUAGUGAACGCGGGUGCACUCUUCCUCCUCCUGCUGCUAAACCUCCUCCUCAUCAGGCGGCAGCAGAGCUUACGGAUGAGUGAGAUGGUGCGGAGGCUCAAGUCCAUCAUCUCACAGUUGAACGAUUAUUUGGAGAGAAGUGCAGGACAUCCAAUCAGAUGGGCCCCCUCUUUGUAUCCUGACCGCUACACCCCCACUUCCCCUUCCUGGUCACUGCAUUGGACGUUCAGAGACGAGCAGCUGGUUAAUCUACCUGUCAGUCUUCUGGUGGAAGGUGAUGUCAUCGCUCUUAGACCGGGUCAGGAAGCCUUUGCAUCUCUCAGAGGCAUCAAGGAUGACGAACACAUCGUGCUGGAGCCAGGAGACCUUUUCCCACCGUUCUCUCCUCCUCCCUCCCCGCGUGGGAAUGAGCGGAGGGGCCCCCACAGUCCCCAGCAGUACCGCCUCUUCAGGGUGGUGCGCACACCUAUACUCGACAGCGUCAGGAACAGUCUUGACCUGGCUCUCUCCCGUCCUGUCACAGCCCUUGAUAAUGAACGGUUCACAGUGCAGUCCAUCAUUGGCAAAUUCGCCUGUCCUGCUGUAUUGGUGGCCUUUUUCUGUGUUAACACAAUCCGGUUCUUCUGUGACACUCCUGGUCUCACCCCUGGACCCUUCAACUUCCUUCAGUUGCAGAUGAUGGGUGUAUUGCCUAUUUUACCUCUUUUGUUUCCUGUGAUGUGGAUUCUGGUGAAUGCGUACGGAGAGGCCCGCGUGUUAGCCGAGUCCAGCCGUAACUCUCCCACUGGCCUGCUUGCUAAGUUCUCAGAGGACACUCUAAGCAGCUACACGGAAGUGGUGUCCUCCCAGGAGAUGCUUCGCUGUGUGUGGAGACACCUGGUCAGUGUGUUGAAGGGAGAGUCCCAGACCCUCUGUUAUACCUCCAGUCUGCUGCACUCGUUGGGUUCAGUCACUGUGCUGUGCUGUGUGGAUAAGCAGGGCAUUCUGUCCUGGCCCAACCCCAGUCCCGAGACCGUGCUGUUCUUCAGCGGACGAGUCGAACCUCCUCAUGACAGCCAGGAUGACCUCAGAGACGACCUUUCAGUCACCUCCCUCUGCAGGACAGAGGGCGAGGAGGAAAGAGACGAGCCUCAGGAAUGCGAAGCACUGCUGUGUUUACCAGCGUUCGAACCCUCGCUUCACAUGGCUGAGCAGGAACCCAGCGAGACGUCACAUGAUACCUCAGACACCCAGCGUCAGCGUCGAGGACCCCAAACCACCCGUUCCAAACACCCUUCAGGAUCCAACGUCAGUUUCAGCCAUGACAUUGAGGGUGGUGAUAAUGACAUCGCUCAGCAGUGUGGUGUAGGUGAUGAUCUGUGUGAAGCGGAAGAUUUUGUGUGCGACUAUCAUCUGGAGAUGUUGAGUCUGUCCCAGGAUCAGCAGAACCCUGUCAGCAUUCAGUUUGAUGACUCCGGUUGGCAGAAUCACCUGCCCUCUUUGAAGCCUCUGGGUUUGAACAUCCUAUUGAACCUGUGCAAUGCCACCGUCACCCAGCAGCUCUGCAGAUUUUCAGACCACCUGUCAAACAUGGCGCUGCAGGAAUGUCAUGGGGAGGUUCUACCAGUUCAUGUUCCCUGGGGCCUCUGUGAACUAUCUCGCCUUAUAGGUUUCACUCCAGGAGCGAGGGAACUCUUUAAGCAUGAGAAUCAUCUGGCUCUGUAUCAGCUUCCUUCCGGAGAGAAGGCCAAAGAAUCUGCUCCCCGGCGCCUCCAACACUUCACCAAACGCCAGCCCCCCAUCAGUCACCUCAUCAGUCUGUUCGUCAGGGACAGCACUACCAAUAAUGUACAGAUGCUCUCCCACGGCUCGGCCGACCUCAUCCUGGAAGCCUGCACGGAUUUCUGGGAUGGGGCGGACAUCUAUCCGCUGUCUGGCUCGGAUAGGAAAAAGGUUUUAGAUUUCUACCAACGUGCCUGUCUGUCAGGAUAUUGUUCUGCAUUCGCCUAUAAGCCUAUGCAGGUGACAUUGUCUGGACAGCUCAAUGGAAAAUGUGUGGAGCUGGCUUCAGGCCCCACGCUCUUUUCUGGGGUGGAGCUUCCCAGUACCACCCCCAUCAAACACGGCAGCCGCAGGAACAGCUGGAGCUCUGAUGAGGGUAUUGGAGAAGGUUUGGAGAAGGAGGACUGCGUGCAGGCUCUGAGUGGCCAGAUCUUCAUGGGAAUGGUGUCGUCCCAGUUCCAGGCCCGACUGGACACUGUGCGGCUCAUUGAGAACCUGGUGGGAGCCUGUAUCCGCUUUGUGUACUUCUCCAUGGAGGACGAGCUGCGUAGCAAAGUGUUUGCAGAGAAGAUGGGUUUGGAGACGGGCUGGAACUGUCACAUCUCUCUGACCCCAAACGGAGAUGGUCACUGCGAUGGUGCUACAUCCAGCCCGAGCCAAGCAGGAUCUCUACACGAUGACCUUCUUCACGAUUCUCGUGAUGAUGCAGAGGGCCCACUACUGCCUGAGGACCAAUCAGAUCUCGCCAGCUUCCAGCCUACUGACAGUGAUGUGCCCAGUUUCUUAGAAGACUGCAACAGAGCCAAACUGCCUCGUGGCAUUCAUCAAGUUCGCCCACAUUUGAAGAACAUGGACAAUGUGCCUCUUCUGGUACCCCUGUUUACAGACUGCACCCCAGAAACAAUGUGUGAAAUGAUGGAGAUCAUGCAGGAGAACAGAGAGGUGACGUGCUGUUUGGGGAGCUCUGCAAACUUCCGUAACAGCUGCCUUUUUCUGCAAAGUGACAUCAGUAUCUCCCUGGAUCCUCUGUACCCGUCCCGGUGCUCAUGGGAGACAUUUGGGUAUGCUGCGGGUUGCGGGCCGAAUGGAGACUGUGAUGAGCUGUCUCCCCUGGGUCUCAGUGCUCGUCUCAACAGCCUCGCCUGCUCCAUGUCCUUCCAUCAGGGCGAGAGUGUCAGCAUGGUCAAACUCAUAGAGCAGGCGAGACACACCACUUACGGCAUUCGCAAGUGCUUCCUCUUCCUACUGCAGUGUCAACUGACACUGGUCAUCAUUCAGUUCCUGGCCUGUCUUAUUCAGCUGCCUCCUCCCAUGAAUAUAACAGACAUACUGUGGCUUUCCUGCUUCUGUUACCCACUGCUAAGCGUGUCCUUCCUGGGAAAACCUCCUGACAGUUCAGUAAUGACAGUCGCUACUGGAAAGAAUCUGGACUCCAUACCACGCAAGACUCAGCACUACUUCCUGGGCUGGUUCCUGUUGAAGUUCGGUCUGACGAUGUUAGCCUACUUAGUCGGCUUUGGGUUUUCUCUGCAGGAAGUGUGUUCUAGAGCAGCUAACCUCACAAAAAUAUAUAACCGCAACAUCACCUGCUCUCACAUAUUCGUAUCCAGUGUAUACAGCUCCCAGGAUGGCCCGCAGUGGUUUGGGGAAUUGUCCAAUGGGCUGCUUUUGAUUCAGAAGAUCAUGGCAGGUUUUCUGGCUUUGCACACAGUGGUCAUCUCUCUGAGCUAUGUGCACCGUUCACAACCCCUGUGGAGGAGGAACCCCUUCAGUAACACAUGGUGGUGUCUCACAGUGCUUGUGGUAUUGUUGGGACAGGUGGUUCAGGCUGUGAUAGAUUAUCAGUUGUGGCAGGACAGGAGUACAGCGAUGUUCUUCACGCUACAUCACAUUCCCCUCUUUAUCUGGCUGUUGGUCUCUCUGUCCAUCGUACUUGUGGUGCUAAUCAAUGAAGCAGUAAAACUGCAUGAAAUCAGGGUACGAGUGCGUUACCAGAAGAGGCAGAAGCUUCAGUUUGAAACUAAGCUGGGGAUGAACUCUCCCUUCUGACGUGUCUGUCCGGGACACUUAAGCGUCAUGUUCAUUUCAGUGGUGGAGAAGAUGAAGACUCCUUUGGAUUUCCUUCCAGCAGAGUGCUUCCUGCAACACCUCCAAUGGGCAGAACUCUAUUUCUCCCAUGAAUGCCACUGAGGGCUGUGUUUUGAAUCAGUAAGAUCCUAAACUAUCUUUUGAUUAAGGCUUUACUCAAAGUAAAGAUUUAAUCUGUGUUAUUUGAGGGAUGUUCACCUGCAUGCUGCUUUGGUUUGGACAGGGUCAUUUAAUGGAGGGAUUGUUUUUCAGUGAGGCCAUUCCUUUAUCCCCUUCAAAACCUGAAACUGUAAUGCACGAUAUAGAGAAUAUAUACCAAAAUGUACAAUGGAGGGCUAAAUUAGCAUGAUCUUUUACUUACUUUUUAUUUUUUUAUUUUUUUAUUAGAUGUUGUGAAAAGGGGAUUAUAUUGAUUUCCUUUGUUUCAAACACGAAACAGUUGACCGCUCAUGAGAUGAGCUUUAGCUGUAGGUUCUCUGUGUUCAUAUUUUAGCCGUAUGGUUCUUUGUCACAUGUGCAGUUCAUUUAGUACAUCAUACGAGCUUGUUGAAGCCUGUUUUAACAGGUUAUAAUGUGAAUGUCAUCACCACAACUUACCUCAUAUUCCGAGGGGAAAUAUUUCAUUCUGUUUUCUUUUGUGCUCAAGUGAACUCAUUUACAAGAAUUUAUCAGCUAGAGCAACUUAGCUGAGAAGCUUAGCUUCCAAAAUCAAAUGCAGUCAGUGGGAGACUGUGUAAACUAAUUUACUAGCUCACCUAGAACCAGUCAGGCUUUACGUCUCAUUUUCUCUUACAAAUCAAUAUCAGAUGAAAUGCAUGAGUAGCUGGAAUCUUUUUUAGUCCUUUUUUAAACUCCUUUUUCACUGAAAAGUUCUUAAAGUUAAAUCCAAAACGAAGACUUUUUAAGCAGGCCAAGCAAUAGCUUUCAAGCUGAAGGGAGAAUGUUCCAUCUUGUUCUCAUUCUGUCAAUAGUUUUUUUUUUAAAUAUAUUUAUAUGUGAUUGUCAGCCAGAAUGCACUGUUUUUUUUAUUAUUAUUUUUGCAUACAUAUGCAUGCAAGACAACACUUGCCUGGUUUCUCACCGCACAUUUUUAUUAAAGAUAUUCAUUAGAGAACAUCAGAAGUAAUUCUAUUUAACUCUGUUUAUCUUUUUGAAUUAUUAGUCAUUCUUUUUUUCACCCCCAUCCAGAGCAUUCAGUGUUUACUGGUAAAGAGGCAUAUUGAACUUUUAUUCUGUUCUACCUCUAGCUGAUUGCUAACAUAAUUUAGGCAACGUUGUGUUUUAAUAGGUUUUAUUAUUAUUCUAAUUUAGUUGGACUGCAGCUAUGGAGUAUAAGGGGCUCAAUUACAGUGUCACCAGAUGUGCUUAUUUAAAAAUACAUUCAGAUGUUAUUUCUGAUAGUGACCAGCUAAUAUCCAAAUUACCAGCAUUCUUUUUUUCCAAUAGUAGUGCAAAUCACUAACAUAUAGCCUGAAACCUCUGACUUACCCUAGACUUAAUAAAAGGAGAAUUUAAAGGGAUAGUCCACCAUAAAAUGGCAAUUGUCAUCAACACACCCUUAAUGUGACUUUAUUUAAUCUGCAGAGCAUAAAAGGAGAUAUUUAGUAGAAUGUGAUAAUUGUUUGUACCCAUAUAGUGAAGUUCAUUCAGGUUUAGAAUGAUAUGAGGGUGAAUAAAUCAGUUUGAUUUUUCAUUUUUAGGUGAACUGUCCCUUUAAGUUGCUGCUAGACCUGUAUAAAGUGCAAGAUUUUAAAAAUAGAACCUAGACUCAAGAACCCAGUUAUUUUUUUCUAAAUAUACUUGUUCUUCCAAUAAUCCACUAUCUAUCCCAUUUUCAAUGUAAUGAACUACUGCAAGAUGUCUUAAUUUAUUGAUUUCCUGCCUUUAUGUUCCUGUCUCAAAUUUAUACUCGUUUAAAUCACAAAUUUGUAACUCCUAAUCUCACGUUGAUAUUUAUUUUGAAAUGAUUACACAGGCCUGUACACCUUAACAGCAAAUGAUUGCAACCUAACAGCCUUUUCCAUAAUGCAUCUAUAGAUUGUUAUAGGCACUGAAUGUUCAUAAGUGUUCAUAGUGCAUUUUUGAAAUGCAUGUCACAUGCUUUCAUCUACUUCUCCUUCUCAAUCCACAAGAAGGCGGGUCUUAUGAUGUGUUUAGAGGUUAAUGUACUGCCCCAUUACAUUACUGUUGUUCGAGGUUUUCAUUCAGAAUCACUGCUGUGUAACUAAGCCGCCCAAAUACAGACUUAACAGAGAAAUUAAUAAGUAAAUGGAAUUGUUAAUUUUUAAUUGGUGCUAAAUCAGUGGUAUAAAAAAAAACGUACAAUUAAGAAAAUUGUAAAAUAGCAUAUCAGUAUAGGGGGAAAUUUUUACGAAUACUGAUCUUCUGUUAUGUACAAAUGGUGGUAACAGGAAACAUGUUUUGGGAGAAGUGUUUUUUUUUUUUUUUUUUUACAGUAAAUUUUUGUUAAUUAUUUUUGAAAUCUUCUCUAUUCUCUUAUUUCCUAAUGUAUGCAUGAUAAAGACCAUAAAAACAUUGAAUGUGUUGACUCAUUCAUGCAUGGAUUAAAAUGUUGCUGAUGUUUUUCCAUCAGUCAGACAAUCUGUAAUCUUUAAACCAGGAGUGUGAAUCAAGGCCAUUUAAGGGGGCUGUACAGAACCUCUCUGCAAAAUACUUGCCUGGGCUACAGCCUACACUGAUUGACCCAAUACAUUUGCUGUUUAUGAAUGUUCAUAAGAUUUAUAAAUGUUGUACAGUUUGUAUUUUUUAAGAUGUCUUUAACAUUGAUUUCUCCCCUUCCCCAGAGAUUAUUUGUGACCAAUGUUAUGCUAAUAAAUAUGUUUAUUUCAAAAAA